AUGCUCGGGGCAGUCGCACGGCGGGCCUCCUCAUGUGUGGCACUGAUCCGCUGUUUGCGUCCAGUCCACGGUCCAGUCCUCGGUCCAGUCCUCCCGAGGAUCAGCGCCUGUCAUCAGCACACCGCGCCGAGACAGAGCCCCCAGAAGCGGUGGGCUCUGUCUGUCAGCCCCUACACCUGUGUGCGGGCUGAGCUGGCAUCAUGCAACCUCUCCAUCUCCCCCCUGGACCCCCACGCCUUCCCUGAGUCUGACCAAGCUUUUAUCACGGUCCAUGGGGUCAGUGCAGGACAGGAGGCUGCUCUGGACCACUGCCAUGUUCUUUAUGAUGAGGAGAGGAGAGAGCUGAGAAUCACAGGCGGAGACGGAGACAGCAACUUAUCUAUUGACCUGGAGGCUCCAGUACAAUCUAAUCUGCUCAUCAGCUGUGCGGGAAGUGGCCAUGUGCACAUCAGUAAAAUGGAAUGUGACAUCUGCAAAGUGUCCACACAAGAGGGAAACUGCACACUGCAUUCUGUCAAGAGCCAUCAUGUUGAGGUGAGGUCUUCAGGAGGAUGUGUCACUGGACUUGGUACUAUCCAUGGAAAUGUGGACAUCGUCUCAACAGGACAAAGUAGUGUGGAUGUGAAGAAGCUCCAGGGCACCACCAUGAAUGUGUCCACUGAACAUGGCUCUCUGAAGGUCAAGGCCAUAUAUGCAGAGUCCAGCAGCAUUGCCUCCUGCACUGGGACAGUACAACUGGGACAUGUGCACGGAAAUGCCACUGUGAAGAAUGAGUCAGGGGAUACUGUGAUAGAUGGUUCUAACAGUGCCAUGCAGGUGUCGUCUCACACUGGAGACAUAGACCUGUACGUAGGGGAUGGUGGCUCUGCAGAUGUCUUUAGUGACCAAGGAUCAGUGAGGUUGCGGGUCCCCUCUACGUUAAAGGCAGCGGUGGAUCUGUGUGGAGCGUCUGUGGACAUCAGCCCAGAGGUGGUGCUUCAUGGAGCAGAAACACGUGAAGCUCCAGACCAGACCAACGUCACAGGUUUUCUAAACGGAGAGUCUCACCUGGAGCAGCCUCAUCUCAAAGCUCAUACCAAAACGGGUUCUGUCAGACUGAAGGCACAAAGCUGGUUUGAGUCGCUUAAAUUAAGCUGA